GCAGGACUUUUACCGAUACUCAAGUCCAUCCAGAGGCCAACGGAGCUGAAAAAGUACAAUGGCGAGACUCUGGCCGUCGACGGCUACGGUUGGCUGCACCGCGCUGCCUAUUCCUGUGCCGUCGAGCUGGGCCAAGGCAAGCCUACCAAAAAGUACAUCAAUGGGGUUUUGCACCGAGUCAAGAUGCUGAAGCACUUUGGCGUCACGCCCUACAUGGUAUUUGACGGCGAUUUCCUCCCCAGCAAGGCCGCUACAGAAGAAUCCCGUGCCAAGAAGCGCGAGGAGAAGCUCAAGCUCGCCAAUGAGUACCUGAAAGCCGGAAAGCCCUCCCAGGCAGCGCAGGAGUUUCAAAAAUGCAUCGACAUCACCCCCGAGAUGGCGUCCGCCCUGAUUCAGCAGCUGAAGAAGAUGGAUAUCCCCUACGUCGUGGCCCCCUAUGAGGCAGAUGCCCAGCUUGUCUAUCUGGAGCGUCACGGCUUCGUCAGUGGAAUCAUCUCUGACGAUUCGGAUCUGUUGGUCUUUGGUGCAAAGCGACUACUAACCAAGCUGGACCAGUAUGGAAACUGCAUUGAGAUCAACCGACGAGACUUCUGUGCCUGUCGUGAGAUUUCCUUGACUGGCUGGAGCGAUACCGAGUUCCGGCGAAUGGCAAUCAUGAGCGGCUGCGACUAUCUCCAUGGCCUCCCAGGGGUAGGGCUCAAAACAGCAUACCGAAUGAUUCGAAAGACCAAGUCUCCCGAGCGCAUUGUCCGCCUCCUACAGUUAGACGGCAAGCGGAUAUCAGAGAACUACCUGACCCUGUUCUACCAGGCGGAACUCACCUUUCUGCACCAGUGGGUAUACUGCCCUACCAAGAAGGAGCUGGUACAUCUCACGGAGUUAGACGGGACGCGCACGGCUGACGAAAUGCCCUUCAUCGGGGCCUAUGUCGAGCCGGAGAUGGCUCGCAAAAUCGCAAGCGGCGAUGUCAACCCCAUCACGAAGCUUCCAAUCGUUAUGCCGAUCUCGCCUUCGAAGCGGAGGCAUUCUCAAAGUGCUGCAGCCACCGAUGCUCCUACUCGACCGGAAUCCAAGCCCAUCAGCUCAUAUUUCAAGGGCCAUUACCGGAUACCCAUGGGUGAGAUGGACGCCAACUGCUUCUCUGUUGACCCUCAGCGAGUUGCGCAAAUCACCGCAGGGGGUGCCGUUCCACGAGUGUUUCCACUGCCGAGGCCAUAUAUACCGGGAUCGCAACAGUCGGGACAGCCGGUAAACGAUGGCGCAGAUUCCCCUUCGCUGUCACAGGCUGUCCCACGAACCGAACCUCGUUUGUAUCGACGACGAACUGAGCCAAUCACGAACCUGUUGGCAAGUGUUUCAAACAAUCACGCACCCCAGGCAGAGACCUCGACCAGGCCGCCAAAGAAGGCCCGCCUGUGCGACGACUCGCUUGAUGCUGACACAGAGGGUUCGCCCAAGAAGAGUCGCUUCUUUCCCGCCAAGAAAGCGGCCAGGAGGAGCCCACGAAAGGCAAAGAGCGAUGCGUAUCUGUUAUUGUCGGAUGACUCUCUGGAUGAAGCACUCAAGAACUUGCCUGACAUUGAAGGCUGGGCGUCUGGACCACCUUUCAAGAAAGGUGAUACGACCCAACCCUCAAACACGAGCCAAGAAACAGAAGUCACUACUCCAGACGCCAGCCAGCAGGAAACCCUCGACGUCAUUCCCGAAUCUCCGGCUGAUGCUUCUGUGCCUCCCCCAGAGCUGCCACCCGCGACACCUCAAGCCACCUGCACUCCUCCCCGAUCCAGUCUUACACGCUUUGCCUAUUCCUCUACCUCUUCAGAUACUCCAGCAUCAAGUGUGUCGCAACCUUCGUCAGUGUUCAGUGCAAAGUCAACAGCAUCCACCGCGCCGUCGACAGCCCGAACGAGACAGACGCCCCUACAGCGGAUGAGAGCGUGGGCUUUGAAGGGCCCAACGACCCCAACAGGGAGCGCGCCGCGGAAGACUACAAUUGAGAAACAUGGCGUCAAGGAUUCGGUUGACGCUACGCAUGUCCAUCCUCCCAAGGUCGACUUGAACGAAAUGGAGGCCCUUGAUAAUCCAUGCGGAAGCGAAGACCAAAUCAUACCCGAUAGCGACGGGGAAGAGGAGGAAGACGACGCCGACGAGAUCCAGCUGCCUGCCAAGAAGCUCAACCUUGCACGUUUCGCCUAUUCUUAA